UCAAAGUCCGCGCCCUGCCGGAGGCACUCACAGAACUACAGCCUCUGGGCUGUCUUUGGGUGAAAACAGCAGUUGUGCACUGGGUAGACCAUGCGACUGGACCUACUUCGCGGGUGUCUGAGCGCCGUGGUCUGUGGACUCCUGCUUCUCGUCCUGGGCCAGGGCCAGGACUCUGCCAGCCCCAUCCGGACCACACACACGGGGCAGGUGCGGGGGAGCCUCAUCCACGUGAAAGGCACUGAUGUGGGGGUCCACGCCUUCCUGGGAAUUCCCUUUGCUAAACCGCCUCUAGGACCACUGCGAUUUGCACCCCCUGAGCCCCCUGAAUCUUGGAGUGGUGUAAAGGACGGGACCUCCCACCCAGCUAUGUGUCUGCAGAACAUCACUAUCACAAAUGAGAUGUUUCUGAAACUGCUGAAUGCGACCUUGCCUUUCACCUCCAUGUCCGAAGACUGCCUGUACCUCAGCAUUUACACACCGGCCCAUGCCAGGGAAGGCUCCAAUCUGCCCGUGUUGGUGUGGAUCCACGGUGGUGGGUUUACGGUCGGUAUGGCUUCCAUGUAUGAUGGCUCUGCACUGGCGGCCUUUGAGGACCUGGUGGUGGUCAUUAUUCAGUACCGCCUGGGUGUACUGGGCUUCUUCAGCACUGGAGACAAGCAUGCAACCGGCAACUGGGGCUACCUGGAUCAAGUGGCUGCGCUACGCUGGGUCCAGCAAAAUAUUGCCUAUUUUGGAGGAGACCCUGGCCGUGUCACCAUUUUUGGCGAGUCUGCAGGUGGCACAAGUGUGUCCUCACAUGUCGUGUCCCCCAUGUCCAAAGGACUCUUCCAUGGUGCCAUCAUGGAGAGUGGUGUGGCCCUAUUGCCCAGCCUCAUUGAUAGCUCAUCUGAUGCGGUCUCCACGAUGGUGGCAAACAUAUCUGCCUGUGGCCAGAUUGACUCAGAGGCACUGGUGGACUGCCUGAGGGGCAAGAGUGAAGAGGAGAUUCUGGCCAUUAAUAAGCCCUUCAGGAUCAUCCCUGGCAUGGUGGAUGGGACCUUCCUGCCCAGGCACCCCCACGAGCUGCUGGCCUCUGCCGACUUUCAACCUGUCCCCAGCAUCAUUGGUGUCAACAACGAUGAGUACGGUUGGCUCAUCCCCUCGGCCUUGGACAUCUCUGACACCCAGAAGGACAGAGAGACCGUGAAGGCUGUUCUGCGGAAUAUGUUGGCAAUGUUGGUGUUGCCUCCUCAGUCUGUUGACAUAUUGAUGGAGGAGUACUUAGGGGACAGUGCAGACCCACAGACCCUCCAGGUCCAGUUCCAUGAGAUGAUGGGGGACUAUAUCUUCGUGAUCCCUGCACUCCAAGUAGCCAGUUUUCAACGUGUGCAUGCCCCCGUCUACUUCUAUGAGUUCCAACAUCGGCCCAGCUUCUUCAAGGACACCAAGCCGCCCCACGUGAGGGCAGACCAUGGUGAUGAGAUGUUCUUUGUCUUCGGAACUGCCUUCUGGAAAGGCUAUGUUGAAGUCACUGAGGAGGAAGAGCUGUUGAGCAGGAAGAUGAUGAAGUACUGGGCUAACUUCGCUCGAAAUGGGAACCCCAACGGCAAGGGGCUGCCCCACUGGCCUGUGUUCGACCAGGAAGAGCAAUACUUACAGCUGAACUUGCAGCCUGCGGUGGGCCGAGCCCUGAAGGCCCACAGGCUCCAGUUCUGGACAAAGACCCUACCCCAGAAGAUACAGGAGCUAAAGGAGGCGGAGGAAAAUCACACAGAGCUGUAACUCCCUGUUACAUCCCUGUCUAGGGUGAGAGGGUGGAGGGGUGCAUUUGGGUGCAGGUGGGAGUCUACCGCAUAUGCCCAUACACACCCACUGAGGAGCUAGUCACUUCUGCCUUCGUUCACAUAGCCAUUCACGCAUGCUUCCAGCCAGCCAGCCCGCAAACAUUUAUUAAGGGCUUACCGCAUAUCACUUGCCAAGCCCCCCAUACAUCCUCUCAUGUUAGACAUACUCAGUGAAUGAAGCCCGGGAUGGGCAAACCUCGAUGGAAGUGCACACCCCACUGAGCCUGGGGCCCCACCGCCUCUUCCUCACCUCUACCCCAUCCCCACCCUCCCUCCCCCCUCCCUUUGAAGGAGGGUGCUUUGGGAAAUGUUAACCACACCUGGCUCUCAACAAGCCCCACAUGCUCUCCUAAGUAGAAAAUCUGGAUGCCAGGAGCCCAGGAGCUCCGAGAUCUUGACCACCGAGGCCACCAGCUACUGUGAAUGUAAAAGUCCCUGCCCCACCCAUUGUCCCCUAGACUAAAUGUCAUCUAUUACUGACAUUUAAACACAACACUCAAGGGGCGCCUGGAUGGCUCAGUCAGUUAAGCGUCUGACUUCGGCUCAGGUCAUGAUCUCAUGGUUCAUGGGUCUGAGCCCCGUGUCAGGUGCUACGCUGACAGCUUGGAGUCUGGAGUCUGCUUUGGAUUCUGUGCCUCCCUCUCUCUCUGCCCCUUCCCCUCUCACUCUCUCUCUCCAUCUUAAAAAUAAAUAAACAUUUAAACACAGCAUUCACUCACUCACUUAUCUGUGUUCCACAGAGGUGACCAACUCCAUUUUUUGUAAGAAGAAGGCCUGAGCUUGUGCAUGCGGCCCAUGGAACCUGGACCAGCUUUGCAGUGUCCAGGAGAACUGGGUGGGUCCCUCAGCCAUCCACCUCCCGAAAUUUGCCUUUAUUUUCAGUGGUGCUAUGACACCCAAACUUUACAGGAUUGUAGCACAUCCAUGAAGAUGUUUAUCUGUGAGAUGUUUCCUGGAAGUAGGAUUGAGGGGCCAGAAAGCCCAGGAGAAGAGACUCUUGUACCCAGACUUCCAAAGGCCUCUCUAUCCAAGGAGGGGCUCCUCUUACCUUUUAGAAUUCUCCUUGCCAACCCCCCCACCCCCACUGAACAUCCCCCAACUCACUCUGAGCAUCCACAUGAUCAGUUUUCCUGCUUACCCCAUUGCUUUCCCUAAACUUUUCUUUCCCUCACCUUACUCAGCCCCCGAAAGAAACCCUGUCUUAUAUGGUAUUUGAUCUCAGUGUGCAAAAAUACUAAAUUGUGUUCACUCUGCCUCUUUGUUCCACCAAAGCACUUUUUCUGCGUCACUAAUAGGCUGUAUCCCUCUUCUCAUGGACCUAGGAGUCCUGCUAUGCCCCCACCUCUGACCAACUUGCCCUCUCCACACACUAGAUUUUCCAGGAGGAAAGUAAGUCCUCCUUUCCCUCCACUACAUUUAAGCCCAACCAUAGAGCCUCGUGACAUGGGGCCUGAAGGAUGCAGAGAGGCCACCAGAUGGCAGACGAGGAUAACCUUAAGCCUGGCUGUCUUAGAGGGAACGGGCUUUCCUUGUGGUGAACUGCUGACUGGUGCAUGAAGCUUCUCUUGCAUUCUGAAAGCAUUUAUUGAGCACUCACAGCAUGCAUGCCUCUGUAUGUUUUUCAGCCCUGCAGAUGCAUAGUAUACUUUCUAAAAGUGGGUUCCCAGUACUAGUUUUUUAAUCAUCUUAUUUUUUUAAACAGCUUUAUUGUGGAAUAAUUUACAUACAAUUAAAUUCACCCACUUCAGGAAAUAUACAAUCACUGUCACAUCAAGUUUUAGAAUGCUUCUAUUGCUCCAAAGAGUUCCUUCAUGACCCUUUGCAGUCAGUCAAUCCCCAUUCUGACCCUGGCCCACACAACCACCCAAUUGCUUUCUAUUGCCAUAGUUUGCAUUUUCUAGAAUGUUCUAGAAAUGGAAUCACUUGUUACAGGUUUCUGUCACUUAGCAUAAUGUUUUUGAGAUGCAACCAGUAGUUUCCUUUUCUUGCAAAGUGGUAUUCCACGUAUGGUAUGCUACGUGGUAUCCAUUCACCAGUUGGUGGACAUUUCAGUGACAUUCAAUUUUUUAAAUUUAAUUUCUUUAAAUUUUUAAAGAAAAUGCUAAGCUGUCUUCUAAGAUGACUAUACCAUUUUUGUACCCCACCAGCCACCUGUGAGAGUUCUAAUUGCUCCAUAGCCUUGGCAACACUUGGUCUUAUCAGUCUUGUACAUUUGAUUAAUUUCAGUAGGUGUGCAGUGGUAUCUUACUGUGGUUGGUUCCCUGUUUCAUGUCUUUCUCUGUCUCUCUGUCCCUGUCUCUGUGUUUGUCUCUCUCCCCUCCAUGCUCUAGCUCUCCUGAAUGUACCUAUGGAUCAAGGUUCAGGGACAGGAACGGCCCCCACCAGGGAGGUUGCCAAAGACAAUCCAGGAAGGAGCACAGAGGGAAGUUUGAUCCUAGGCCUCUCCAGCUCUGAAUGCUAGCUGGAACCCCAGGACAGAAUCUGGCAUCUUCUCUCAACAUGACCCUCACCCUGUUCCUCACUGA